AUGAUUGCUUAUGGUGUAACCGUAGAUUUUAUGGACGAGUAUGUUAGGAUUGGAGAAUCCACAACUAUAGCCAGCUUGAAGAAAUUUACAAGACCGAUAAUUUCUAUAUUCGGUGCGGAAUAUUUGAGGUCCCCAAAUAGCAAUGAUAUUGCUAGAUUAUUAGCGAUUGGGGAAAAUCGAGGCUUUCCUGGAAUGUUGGGAAGUAUUGACUGUAUACAUUGGAAAUUGAAGAAUUGUCCGAGUGCAUGGAAAGGUAAGUACACAGGUCAUAUCCACGAACCCACACUCAUCUUGGAAGCUAUAGCUUCCUACGACCUUUGGAUAUGGCACACAUUCUUUGGUAUGCAAGGUGCUCUCAACGACAUCAGCGUGUUAGACCGAUUCAAUGUCUUCUCUGAACAUACACAAGGUCGUGCACCUGUAGUGGACUUUUAUGUUAACAACAAUCAUUACUCGAUGGGGUAUUAUUUAGCUGAUGGAAUCUAUCCUUCCUGGGCAACUUUUGUGAAGAAAAUACUGGCACCACAAAAUAACAAGACAAAACACUUUGUAAGAUGUCUAAUCGAUACUUUUAACCACAAGAAAUACUUACAAUUCAAUAUCGACGGGUUUAUCCCACUUGCAAGUGUACAUGCCAAAAGACAGUAA